AUGGGCGAGAAGUUGUUGGAGAUUGUCAUAUCUGACAUUAGUUACAUGUCUAACAAGUUCGGGGUCAAAACAAUUGGCUGGUGCACCAAUGAUGGCCCGAAUGGCAAGAAGAUGCAUCAGCUGUUGAUGGGUGAGUAUCUCACCAUUCCGGAGAUACUCGAGGUGAUCACCCAAGCACUCGAGAUUGUCAAGUGGUUCAACAGUCAUGGUGUUGCAUUGGACCUCCUUGACAAGGAGCAGGAAUUGACUUACAUUGAUCGGACACAGACUCUUGCCUUAAUUUUGCCCCAUAUCACACAUUGGACGGCUCACUUUCUUGCCGUCUCUCAUUUGCUGGAUGUGUCUGUCGCAAUGAAGCUAUGUUGCACUCGGAAUGCAGAUAAAUUGCUGAUCUGUGCUGGGAGGACAGCUGAUGUGAAAGCAAAGGCACAAAGUAUCCUUGAUGUUGUGAAGGAUGAAGGAUUCUGGAAGAAGCUCAUCCGAAUUAGAACACACCUUGAGCCACUUGCAAUUGCAGCAAACAUCACACAGGCACCUCAUACUCGACUAGAUCAUGUGUUAUUGACACUCAGCAACCUCUACUGUAUCUACUGCUCUGCCGAUACUGAAAGUGACGUCCAUGAAAAGAUCCUGGGGAGUCUUGAGAAGCGUUGGAAGAAGGCAGACCAGGAUGUAUUUAUCCUGGCCAUCUUUCUCAAUCCCUAUAUCCAAGGGUGUUGCUUCAACCGUGCGGUGCUCACACAGUCUGCACUAUUCGAGAUGGUCAAGUUAACAUUCAUGCGAGUGUUUGGACAGGCUCCUACAAAUGACUUUGUGUCGGGCCUGAUCGACUACUCAAGAGCGAAGAAUAUAUUCACAGAUGGACUCAUACAGUUGGACUAUACAAAGGAGACAGCGGACAAGGUGUCAAAGGACAUUGAUCUUGUUCUUCUGUGGUCAAUGCUUGAUGGAUCCAAUGACGACAUCUGUCCUGGAUAA